AUUAAUUGAUGUAAUUUUGAAAAAUCGCAAGGGAAAACAAAUUAUCAGCAUUUGGUAAAGCGUUACACUUUUUAUUCGGGAUGUCACGUGAAGAAUCUGACAAAUCUGCUAAAGUUCGAAGACCACCUAAAUUGCCUGUAAUCACACACGCCUUUCUUAAUGAUCUGAAGUAUGAGAAAAAUGAAGAGUUUUCUCUGCCAAUUGUGAAAACUAUUGGUAAAGUUGCCGCCUCAUCUGAAAAAUUACAAGACGGACUUAAUACCGAUUCUCCGAUGGACGGCAGUGAACUUAAAAUGCCUAAAAAGGAGGAGGUGCAUACUGUGCAAGCUAAGGAGACAAUCCAUUAUUUAUGGAACCAGCCGUGUCUAAUGAUUGUUUUCGACGAAGGUGAUACCAACAGUGCUCGACAUCACUUAGUGGAGUCACUGCACAAUCCGUUUGCAGCCAACUCCGUGGCCACGGUGGUUAUCCAAGAAGGCUUGGCGGAGCCAUUUAUGGAGCGAACAGUUCAUCGCAUGAGGCGAUUAAAUCCUGCAAUAGCCCAGCAUCCUGCGUAUAUGGGCACAUUGACUAGGCUAAAAUACCUCAAGGGUAAAAUCUACACAGGAGAUCCAAAGCUGGUGCCUUCCAGUGCCACGCCCAUGGUGGUGUCAGACUUCACGCAUGGACAUAUUGCCAACGGACCCACCGGCGUCAUUACAAUGCAUACCUUUCGCACAAUCCGAGAGGCGUUCCAGAUGCAUCGAAAGGAGAUCAAAACGCCAUUCAAAUCCGUCAGCAUUUGGAAUAAGAGAGUGUCCUCUGUGUACGAUAUUGUAGGAAUGACACCCUACGGUAUUAUCCUAAUAAAUUGCUAUAAUGUGGAUCUGGGUCCAGUCAUGCCGUUGGUCCAAGCGCAGCGUAAUGCAGCGAGAGUUGUCAAUGGCUAUCACUACGAAACAUUUUCAAUUAAAAAGAAGCGCAAGAUUGUCGUAUUUCCGGUAGGCACCAUUAUCAAUUGAAUGUAAUUUUACAAAAUUCUAUGAAUUAUAUUCUAUAAAUAAUACAAGAAAA